AUGGGAAGGUCUUUGAUUUUCUCGGGAAACAUGUCAGUGAGAAUAUCUCACUUGCCCAGAUCGUCUCUUCAGCUGAAGAACCCAUUUUCAUGCCGGACAGUAACCAGAGAUUUCCGAAAUGGGUGUUCGAGGAUUUCGUCUAACAGCUUCAAUUCCACGGCGAGACUCCGAACAAAAGCUGUCUUAUCUGAAGUUUCCGAUUAUCCCAGAAUCGGCGCUAAAACCACCGGGACUGUAUCGCCGGCAGAGCUCCUUCAAGUCGUCGAAGCCGCAGCUAAAACCGGCGCCGAGGUCGUCAUGGAAGCUGUGAAUAAGCCAAGGAAUAUCACUUAUAAAGGCCUCAGUGAUUUGGUAACUGAUACUGAUAAAGCAAGUGAGGCUGCUAUUUUGGAAGUAGUGAAAAAGAGUUUCAGUGAUCAUCUUAUUCUUGGUGAGGAAGGAGGUAUUAUCGGCGAUACCUCUUCUGAUUACCUCUGGUGCAUCGAUCCACUAGAUGGAACAACAAAUUUUGCUCAUGGAUAUCCGAGUUUUGCUGUUUCUGUUGGUGUUCUGUAUCGUGGAAACCCUGCCGCUGCUUCUGUGGUAGAGUUUGUGGGUGGUCCCAUGUGCUGGAACACUAGAACCUUCUCUGCAACUGCAGGUGGUGGAGCAUUGUGUAACGGGCAAAAGAUUCAUGUCAGUAACACAGAUGCUGUGGAGAGAGCACUUCUGAUCACAGGGUUUGGGUAUGAACAUGAUGAAGCGUGGAGUACAAACAUGGAACUGUUCAAAGAGUUCACUGAUGUGAGCAGAGGAGUGCGAAGGCUCGGUGCUGCGGCAGUGGACAUGUGUCACGUUGCGCUUGGGAUUGCGGAGUCGUAUUGGGAGUACCGUUUGAAGCCAUGGGACAUGGCUGCUGGUGUUCUUAUUGUAGAGGAAGCUGGAGGAGCUGUGACUCGAAUGGAUGGAGGGAAGUUCUCUGUGUUUGAUAGAUCUGUUUUGGUGUCCAACGGUGUUCUUCAUUCCAAGCUUCUGGAUAUAAUUGCACCGGCUACUGAGGAUUUGAAGACGAAAGGAAUUGAUUUCUCCUUGUGGUUUAAGCCGGAAGAUUAUCACACAGAACUUUAG